ACUGACUCUUGAAGUACUGCUACUAUUGAAAAACCCAAACGACAAGAAACAACACUGACGCACAGAACAGAUUUUCUUUUACGACGAAGCUGAAUUGACUUCAAUGACGAUGGGAGAAAUUGGAGAUUCAGUCCAGUUAAAGGAAGAAGGCAACAAGCACUUCCAGGCCGGAGAAAUCGACCAAGCCAUUGAGUGCUACACCAAAGCCAUAAAGACCUGCAAGAAAGAAGACAAGAAAGCAUUAGCUGUUAUCUAUAGGAACAGAUCAGCCUGUUUCCUGAAAAAGGAAAAUUACAGCAACGCAGCAUCAGAUGCCACAAAAGCUAUCGAUGUGGAUGCAGCAGAUAUCAAGGCUCUGUACAGAAGAUGUCAAGCAUUUGAGAAGCUCGGCAAACUGGACAUGGCCUUUAAAGACGUCCAAAGGUGUGCAACCAUAGAGCCAAAAAACAAGACCUUCCUGGAGACCCUCAGGAGACUCGGAGCUGAAAUCCAACAAAAGCUGAAAACAACAUUUUCAACAGACUCCAGAGUGCAGAACAUGUUUGACAUCCUAUUUUCAGACGAACCAGAUAAGGAAAAGAGAGAAAAGGCGGCCAAUAACCUAAUAGUCCUGGCCAGAGAGGAUGCGGGUGCAGAGAGAAUCUUCCAGAACAAUGGCGUGCCUUUACUCAUGCAGCUGAUUGACACUGGAAAACCCGAGAUGAUUCUGGCUGCCAUCCGGACGCUGUCAGGAAUGUGCACAGGACACCGAGCCAGGGCAACAGCCAUCAUCCAUUCAGUGGGAAUUAGCAAACUGUGCAGCAUCAUGGCUGUGGACAAUGAAGAGAUUGCUCUGGCUACAGCAAACCUCUUCCAGUGUGUCAAUGACUCUCUGUCUGGAGGAGACAAGAGAAACUACGGCAAAGAAGAGGCCCUCGUACUUGACUCCAGUAAGGACUUGAAGGAUAUCCUGCUGGCCUUGUUGGAGAUGAUUGCAAGCAAGAACGUUUCUGGACACGGCAGAGACCAGGCUCUCAACCUCCUGACUAAAAACGUACCAAGACAAAACAAGAAAAGCGCUGAUAACUCCAAGUGCCUUUUCACCGUUGACCAUGGCCUGAAGAAGAUUCUGAAGGUGUGCGGUCAGGUUCCAGAUCUUCCAGAUCAGCUGCCGAUGACAGAAAACACACAGCUGAUUGCCAGCGUUCUCCUCAACAAGCUGUAUGAUGACCUUCGCUGUGAUCCCGAGAGAGAUCAAUUCAGAGAUAUCUGUGAUGACUAUAUUAAGAGCAAGUUUGACCCCAACGACAUGGACAAGAACAUUCACGCCAUCAACACUCUGUCAGGUAUCCUGCAGGGGCCUUUCGAUCUGGGCAACGUCCUGGCAGGUCGGCAGGGUGUUAUGGAGAUGAUGGUGGCCCUCUGCGGAUCCGAGCGUGAAGUUGACCAACUGGUAGCAGUGGAGGCCCUCAUUCACGCCUCCACUAAAACCAGCAAAGCCUCCUUCUUCAUCAGCAAUGGAGUCUCUCUGCUGAAGGAGAUGUACAAGAAGACCAAGAACGAGAAGAUCAAGAUCAGAGCUCUUGUGGGUCUGUGCAAACUGGGAUCUGCUGGAGGUGAUGAUUACAGCAUGAGACAAUUUGCAGAGGGUUCCACUGAGAAACUGGCCAAGCAGUGCAGAAAGUGGCUCUGCAAUCCCACCCUUGACGUGCGCACCAGAAAGUGGGCCAUUGAAGGUUUGGCUUACCUCACCAAUGAUGCAGAUGUGAAAGAUGACUUUGCCGAGGAUGAACCAGCCAUGAGGGCCAUGUUUGAACUCACCAAGUCAAACGAUAAGACCAUCCUGUAUGCGGUCGCCUGCACCCUUGUCAACUGCACCAACAGCUAUGAUAAGAAAGAGAUCAUCCCUGAAAUGGUGCAACUGGCCAAAUUCUCCAAACAACACGUCCCUGAACAACAUCCAAAGGAUAAGAAGGACUUCAUUGUAAGGCGAGUGAAAAGGCUAUUGAAAGCUGGAGUCACGUCAGCACUCGCUGUCAUGGUCAAAGCUGAUAACUCCAUCCUGACUGAUCAGACUAAAGAAAUGCUUGCAAGAGUGUUCCUUGCCUUGGCUGAAGAUGUUAAAGAUCGCGGCACAAUCGUAGCUCAAGGUGGAGGAAAGGCUUUGAUCCCAUUAGCCCUGGAAGGAACUGACAAAGGAAAAAUAAAGGCCAGCCAUGCUCUGGCUAAGAUCGCUGCCGUAUCCAAUCCUGAAAUCGCUUUCCCUGGAGAGAGGAUUUAUGAAGUUGUGCGCCCACUGGUUUCCUUGCUAGGCACAGAUCGUGAUGGAAUGGAAAACUUUGAAGCUCUGCUGGGUCUUACAAAUCUUGCUGGCUUAAACGACAAACUUCGGGUAAAAAUCCUGAAAGAAAAAGCACUACCAGAAAUCGAGAACUACAUGUUUGAGGAUCAUGAACAGAUCAGACAAGCCGCCACAGAGUGCAUGUGCAAUCUAGUUUGCUGCAAGGAGGUCCAAGACAGAUAUCUGGAAGACGGCAAUGAUAAACUCAAGCUUCUAAUCCUUCUCUGCGGUGAGGAUGAGGAGCAGCUUCAGAGGGCAGCAGCCGGUGCUCUGGCGAUGCUCACUGCUGCACAGAAGAAACUGGCUGUUAAGAUGACUAAAGUGACUGAGCAGUGGCUUGAGAUCCUGCAGAGACUGUGCAUCCACGAUAACCCUGAGAUUCAGCACAGAGGUCUUGUGACAGUGUAUAACAUGCUGGAUGCUGAUGAUCAACUAGCCAAGAAGCUCGUUGAAAGUGACAUGCUGGAAAUCCUGACGUAUGUGGCAAAACUAGAGGACAACCCCAAGAAACAGAACGCUAUAGAUGCCGCUCGUGCCUGCCUGUCCAAAGCCAUGGAUAAUGGACUUAUAAAGCCGUUUUCAAAUUAAAAAUGAAAUUGUGUCAUUAGGUGAAGAGAGAAUGGUCUGCUUUCUGGGAAAGUUGAAACGACUGCAAACCAUUUGUAAUACGUUUUAUUUUUUAAAUUUGUAAUGAUACGCAUGGUUAUUUUUUUCAGAUUGUAUGUUUGUAUGGCUGUUUGUUUGAUCAGUGGUUUUGGAUUUGGUAUUUAUAUUUUAUGUAUUUGCACAUGUGAUUUUAUUUUAUUAUUUUUUUUUUUUUUUGAGAAAAGACUACUGGAAUAUUUUUUAAUAUUUACAAGAUCAAUGUUUGUUUUAAUGUAAUACCUUCUAUUGCAGGGGUGUCCAAACUCAGUCCUGAAGGGCCGGUGUCCUGCAAAGCUUACUUCCAACUCCAAUCAGACACACCUGGGCUUGCUUAUCAAGUUCUUACUAGGCUUUCUAGAAACAUCUGUGAAGGUGGGUUGAGGCAAGUUGGAGCUAAAAUCUGCUGGUCACCAGCCCUCCAGGACCAAAUUUGGGCAACUCAAUUCUAUUUUAUUGCUAAAUUGAAAUGAUCUGGAAAUCUGUUAAAACAUCCCAAAUCAAUAAAUGCUAUUAAAUAAUUAUUA